GGUAGCGUAUCAUUCACUAUAACUGCCGAGCCAUAUGUAGUCGAUGCGAGUGUCCAUAUUACCGGCAGCCGGUAGCAUAAAUGGAAAACCAGUUCCAUUCUCCGCAUCAGCGCGCCAAGUUGGUCAAGAUCGAUGAGGAGAAAUGCUUACCUAUAUAUAGCCGAACGACGGAUAAUCCUACCAACAUUCAUGUAAAGUCAGACCUCCUUCUCGCUCCUUGAGGUGGACAUAGUUUGCGCUUUUCAAAAAUGGCUGCAGUACCUGGACUUCCACCUGCGUACGCCGACUCUACUUACCAGACUGCCCACGAAGAGGUCUUCUCGACACCUUUAACGAAAACAAUCGAGACUGUUUUACCACCUGGUGUCUCUGAAGCUGAAUUUUCCAAGGCGAUUCAGAAAGCCACCGAGGUUUUGGGGAAAGAUGCUGUUUUCACGGGUAAUGACUUAAAGUACUACAUUGACCCUUACGAUAUUCCGGAGGCAGGGACAGUAAGGAAUAUACCGAGCGCUGCUGUUUGCCCCUCAUCAGCCGAGGAGCUCCGGGGAUUUUUAAAAGUAGCGAAUGAGCACAGCAUUGCAGUUUGGACAUUCUCUCGGGGAAAGAACCUAGGAUAUGGUGGGCCCGCCCCUCGUACCCCAGGUUGCAUCGCAUUAGAUCUUCAUCGCAUGAACAAGAUCAUCGAAGUCAACGAGAAGUUCGGAUAUGUCGUAGUCGAGCCUGGGGUAACAUUCGGAGACCUCUACACGUUCUGUGCGGAGAAGAAAUUGAAGUUGUGGCCUAGUGUAGCAUCCUUGGGAUGGGGUAGCGUUAUUGGCAACACGCUUGAUAGGGGCAUGGGAUUUAUCCCAACUGCGGUGCAUCAUGAGAACAUCGCGGGGAUGGAAGUGGUUCUCGCGAACGGCGAUGUCGUCCGUACAGGCCAAUACGCCAUGACGACAUCGCCCACGGCACAUCUAACCAAACUCACCUUCGGUCCUACGAUCGACGGUCUCUUCCUGCAGAGCAACUUGGGAAUAGUGACCAAGAUGGGUAUUUACCUAACACCACAGCCGCAAUCCUACAUGUCGUGCACAUUCGACAUGCCCGAGUUCGAAGACGUUGCCACCAUUGUCGAUGUCUUCGGCGAGAUGCGCCGCAACGGGUCUCUCCCGGCCAUGGUUUACGUGUUUCACAUCAACGAAUGGGCCGCUCUUUUCGGCAAGCGUUCAGACUGGUGGAAAGGUGAGGGACCAAUCCCGAGUUGGCGAACCAAAGAAAUGCAAAAGGAGCUAGACGUUGGUAAUUGGAGCGUCAGGUUCGGGCUGUACGGACCUACAGCUAUAAUCCAGGCUCAAUAUGCCGAAGUCCUGCGGGUCGUGACCGAAAGGGCGCCGACGGGGAGACUGCAACAGUCCCUAUUUAGUGGAGAAGACGGCGGGCUUCUCGAGGCCAUGUCAGUUCCUCAGCCUCACGGCGGAAUAAGAGUGGGUGUUCCAAGUAUGUGGAGUAUACCGAUGGUGAACUUCUAUAACGUCCGAGAAGACUCUAUCGGCGCUCAUGGGGCGUAUUCGCCCAUCGUGCCGCUCGAGGGCAAGGUCCUGCUCGAUUGGGUUACAGCCGCAAAGCAAGUCUACGAAUCUCAAGGAUUCGACCUCCUGUGUGAUUUCUUCAUGCAUGAGCGAUAUGCUGUGUUCGUGUGCAUGCUCUGUUUCGAUAAGACAAGCACAGAGCAGCGGGUGGGCGUCGAGAAGAUUUUCCAGCAGCUCUUUAAAGAGGGCUCGGGAAGGGGAUUUGCGAAGUAUAGGGCUCAUAUCAAGCACAUGGACCAAAACGCAGAAUUAUUCGACUUCAACAACCACGCCUAUCGGCGCUUCGUCGAAACAUUGAAGGACGCUUUGGAUCCGAAUGGUAUCUUGUCUCCAGGAAAGAUGGGAAUUUGGCCUAAACGACUCAGAAACACCAGGGCGAAAAUUUAAUAAAAACGAGAUGUACCAAGUGCAAACAUGAGUAAAAACUGCAAGGAACAUAAUCGGCAUAUUAAUAUUCAUUCUCACCAACGUCGUCAUUACCGUUAUAAUGGAUCCACC